UGAACACAUGGCACCAUCAUCUGUUGUUGACUUCACAAAGUGGUUGACAAUAAGUGGCUCACGCGACCACGCAGCGAUGAAUGUUCAAGUGGAUUCUAUGCACGUGCCUAUAUUUUAACAGCUACAGCGUCGGCCACCGAAUCACGAACUGCAGUGGUGCACCACUUGUGCAAUAAGUGUGGAAAAGCUCUGUAUUGCUUGUUAUGCACGGUGCCACACUGUAUUUUUAGUGCGUGCUGUAAUUCAUGGUUACAAUGCAGUUUUCCCCGCACGUGUAUGUGUCUGCGUUGCUGCAUGAGCCGGCAACAUGAUGAGAGUUAAGAUGGGAAUUUCGCACGGUGACUUUUAUUUUGCCUCGGAGUAAAUCACCCGCAAUGCUUUCCCAUCUCGGAAGAAAAAGCAUGAAUGGACCGGGCUAUCGCAUGAAUAGGUUCGGAGUUACACUUCUGGCAGCAGAGGGCAAGUGCGCCAACAUUAAUUGUACUGUACUAAUGUACAUGUACGCCACUUGUCAAUCUACUGAUGCAUAAGGAAGGGCCCCUCCCCUGCGGGUCUUCUUGAUUUAUUUGGAUGAUACUUCGCCACGCUGGUUAGUGCGAGUUGCUAAAGUCAACGAGCAUAGACCUAUGAGCGCUGAAGUUGCCGGACUAAAAAAUGAUGUUGCGAUCAUAUAAAACCAGGGCCUAAUUUCUCACUCAUUAUGUCCCAGGUCCCUGGUUGACUCGGUGUAGGGACAUGGUCAGUAGCCACAGGCGUAGCGUGAGGUUUGCCGAUUGCAGUGCAGUGUCUUAUCGUAUGCGGGUGUAUAUUGUCCGGAUAGUGCUGAAAUUAAUUUCUGCAUAUGCCGACUCCUACACAGCUAUGUGCAUAUAUAUAUACACACACACGCACGUUUUCACGCAUGUGUACUCGCACUCACUCAAAGCCACAGGGAGGAUGGGGAAGAAGCAGAACAAGAAGAAGCCUGUGGCGGAAGAGGAGAAACCCGAGGAGGAGUAUGUGGUGGAGAAGGUGCUGGACAGACGCGUGAUGAAAGGCAAGGUGGAAUACCUCCUCAAGUGGAAGGGGUUCACAGAUGAGGAGAAUACGUGGGAGCCAGAAGACAACCUCGACUGUCCAGAGCUCAUCAACCAGUUUCUGGAAAGGCAGCGGCAAGCGUGUGAGGUAUCCGCUGAGGGAAACAACGGCAAGCGGAAAGCGGCCAGUAGAGAGGACGAUGGAGAUGUCCAGGCCAAGAAACACCAGGCAGAUGAUAACAAGACGAAGGGCUUUGUUCGAGGUCUGGAGCCAGAGAAAAUUAUUGGUGCCACAGACUCCAGUGGCGAGCUCAUGUUCUUAAUGAAAUGGAAGGGCUGCGAGGAGGCAGACCUCGUUCCAGCCAAAGAGGCCAAUCUCAAAUGCCCUCAGGUGGUAAUUUCCUUCUAUGAAGAGCGGCUCACCUGGAGCUCUGUUGGAAACACGGAUGAAAAGCCCAAGGACGAAUGAUGGAAUUGAACAGGCAUCCAAUGCCAGCCCAUUAUGUGUAAACAUGCUGUAGGUUUGAGGAGAACGUGAUGCCACGCAUUUGUAUGUAUUAUUUUAUAGUUUUGUCUGUUAUAUGUACAGAAUUAAACAGUUCUUGGCUUGAACUCUUGAGAUUCCCCCAAAGGUUAGUACUGUUUUGUUUCGAUGCACAGCGUUGCAUUUGCUAAAUGUAUAUUUUAUGCUACUAUUUGUUAUCCUUGAUCAAGGUUAGCAGUGUUCUAUUUAACCCCACGCUAAAUGCAUCAAAACCUCACUGGUAGCUUUAGAUACACAAAAGUACGUGUUUUAAAAAGAUGUGUGCAAUGUACAUUAUACUUUAUAAUUUUUGUGUGCAAUGUACAUUAAUGCUUUUAGAAAUUUGUAUAUGUUGACGUAACAGUGUCAAACAUGCAUUACAAUUUGCAGUAAAUGUAUUAAUGGUUGUCACUGGCUUAUUACAGUCUAAAUUUUGCUUGAUAUUACCACUGAAACCCUUACUAUGUUGCCACUUUGCUAUGAUGAAUAAAUAUCAAAAUGCAUAGAUUUUUCCAAAUCAAAUGCAUGUUUAACACAAGCCCUUCAUAAUUUCGUUUGUGUCAAACAUCCUAACUAGUGUUUGAGAUGCAAAAAUAUGUGUUAUACAGUAUUGUAAUAUAGGUAUUACUAUCCUGAUGUAGGGAUUAUUGUUGUGAAGUGGUUCUGCCAGAUAGCUGGAAAUUAUGUAAUAUUGAACAUUGCCUUUGAAACACGGUUUCAUUUAUUGGCCUAGAACUUUUUGGUGAACAUUGAAAAUGUUCCGAUGUCUUGAUUUCUAACAGGAACGUCUCUGAUUUAAAGCUUUCGUGACUGCAGUGAUUCAUACUCUUGGUUCUUUCGGUAAAGUCACGUCGAAGGGAAACAUUAAAAUAAUAAAAUAUAUUUUAUAUUGUUAUAUAUUUUAUUAUUUUAUUGUUUCCCUUCAACGUGACUUUACCGAAAGAACCAAGAAUAGGAACGUCUCUAUCAAGGCAAUGUAUUUGGGUCAUUUAAUCAACAUUUUAAUCUGGCCAUAUGUUAAAUACAUUGUUAUUUUCAUAAAUCUUAGUCAUAUACAGUACUGUACUCGUCAUCUCCUUAAUGUUAAAUUUUAUCUCCAUUAUAUUAUGCAGAUUGUCUGCAACAUUUUUAUCUAUUUAUAAAUGGUAUCCAUCAGCCAUGUUCAAUCCACUGCUAGAUGAAGGUCUCCGUAAUCCGUCGCCGUCCCUAACUAUCUUGUAAUUAAUUGAUUUUACCUUCCUCUGGACGUCUUCAUGGAUGCGUUCCAAUCCCUUGGCUGUUCCUGUCAUGCUUUACGAUCUCCCAUCAUCCCUUUGAGCGAAGUGUCCUGCCCAAACCCACUUUUCUGAACAGAAUAUCCUCAAACUUCGUAUGUUAUUGAAUCCAUGUGCACUUCUUUCUAAAUGGUUGUAAUAUGCCUUACUGCUUUAUUUGAUGGUUCGUAUUGUUACUGCUUUAUGUUGAUGAUAUCCACACUCAUAGUUUUCUCAUGGUGUUAAACUAUUCUACAUGCCCAUUUUAUACUGUGCUCGGUAACCUAACAUUCACCAUUAUGUUCGUUAAGGUGUCGCUAAUGAGCAUUGGAAUGUUGAACAAGCAUUGGCGAUGUUCAGUUUUAAGAUGUUGACAUUAAAUGCGUGCAUUUAUCCACGUGGUGGCACUCCAUCCACGUGGUGGCACUUUUCACAUGCG